CAGCGCCGCACUCCGCAGUGGCAGCAGUCCUUAUUCGAGUAGCAGCAGCAGCGCAAUAGAGCUUCGAAACAGCAGGCUCGUGUCCACGAGACGCUCCGCAGACACAUUACGAGCUCGAGAAGCAUUACUCUCCCCUGGCGCAAUAAUCGUGUUUAUGGGGACGCGCGAGUGAAUGAGUGUGUAUCGUAUCUGUGACAUGAGAAUCGGAGUGUCGCCGAGAAUCGCCUCUCCUCCUGCGCUCCGAUAAGACGAGAGAAAUUCGAUAAUAAGCUCGAGAAAAGAGUCGGACUCGACAGUUGGAGUUAGCGAGACUACAUCAACAGCGGCAGGAGGGACUGCUCACGAUGUCAGAAAAAAUCGGCGUACCACCGUCGGAGAACUUCCAGUUGAAAUGGCACAGCUACGGGGCCCAUCUGCACAGCUCGGUGGCGACCCUGCUCCACUCGGAGUCGUUCGCCGACGUGCUGCUGGCCACCUCGUGCGGACGCCACGUGGCCGCUCAUCGCUUCGUCCUCGCGGCCUGCUCGUCCUACCUAUCGCACAUCUUCCAGAAUUGCCACUUUGGUGCCAACACCAAUGCCCCUAUCAUCGUGGUCCUGCCGACGGAAAUCGGUUACCGUACCUUGAAGAUCCUCGUCCAGUACAUGUACAGCGGCGAGACGACCGUGUCGAACGAGCAGCUCGAGAGCGUCUUAAAAGCCGGUGAUAUUCUCCGAGUGCGAGGACUCUGGCGAUCGAAUUCGACUAGUAGCAAGAAGGAGAACAUCCAGUCCAACAGUCAAACUUCCGGCAAAUCGGCAGCCAGCGGCAAUAGCCUGCCCGCGGCCAAACAGUCCCAACAGACGGUCGUGGCUUCCGGCCACUUUCAGAAGAUCAAACUCGUGCAGCCGGAGCAGCAUCAUCACCAUCAGCAGCAGCAGCAGGUAAUACAGCAAACGCCGCAGAUCCACAGUGCCAGCGAGAGGAGAGCAGCUGCGUCCAGCGACAACAACAAAUCUGCCAAGGACAAGGAACACGAGCAGCUCGAGUCGAGAGCCGGCCAGGAGGUCGAGAAUGGAGAGGUUGGCAAGAAUAAGGAAAACGUCGAAGUCAAUCGAAGCAAAGAUAAGAGAAAAUUCAGCGAGACCGAGAGCAUCAGGAGCAAGAGUGACGUGAGCAUCGAGGAAAAUUCGCGGGACUUGAAUCUGGACAUGGUGGUGAAAGAGGAGCCAGUACAGUGGGAAGAGCCGAUGGACCCGACCGAUGCUCUCACCAUCGACCACGACAUCGACAUCAAACCCGAAAUCGUUCACAGUGCCGACGAGGACGGCGACAUCGAAGAGGAAGAGUACACGCCCUUAACUUGUGAUAUGUGCAGUCAAACGUUCAAUCGACCUUCCGACUGGGUUCGCCACAUCGAGUUCACUCACGCAGACAUGACGGAAAAUCGAAGAAAAAAGAGAAAGGGCGAGACCGACGACGACGGCAAGGACUUUCCACCCUUGAAGUGCGACCUCUGCGGCAAUCAGUAUCCCACGCCCCAAGAGUGGGUGCGCCACAUUCAAACGGAGCACACGGAGGAGCAGCUCGCCCUGAUGAACAAUUCGGCGCCGCCGAAGCCGAAGCGCGUGCACAAUCACCAGAAGCUCUGCAACACCUGCAACAAAGUAUUUCCGUCGCACGCCUCCAUGGUCAUACACCAGCGUACCCACACUGGCGAGAGGCCCUUCCUCUGUUCCUAUUGUAAAAAAGGCUUCAACGUCAAGAGCAAUCUGUUGAGGCAUCUGCGAACUCUCCACGACAAAUUCGUACAUCCGAGUCUCUACGGGAGCAACGGCAGUAAACAUAACAACACCUAAGGGUGUAAACAAUUAUCAAUCAAGGCUAAUCAAACUUAAAUAAAACUAAUACUUCAAGCUUCUUUCUUUUUUAUAAAGGUGUUAAGUAUGUGAUUAUGACAGCAAAACGAAGUUAGAUUUAGUUGAGCCUUAAGGUAUUAAAAAUUACUUUUAAUAAACUUAGAUUACUCUUUGAAACUCCCUCCCAGUUGGACGUUAAAAAAAAAAAACAGUAUCGAGGCUGUAAAAAAUUAAGGAGUCUGACAAUUAAUGCCAAAGUAUUUCGUGUUUUUCUUUUUUGCUACUUUUAAAUCGUAAUAAUUAUAGGCAACGUUUUUUCUCGAUGAACGUACUCAUACCAAAAAUGUAAACUCUUUACUUUUAAUUAAUCUAAUGUUAAUGUUAUGAAAUAAAAGUGCGAGUGAUAAGCGCGAUUGUGAUGUGAACUAUAUAUUUGAAAGAAAUCGUUGAGAAUGUAAAAUACUAGAGAACGAAAACUUUUAAAAUUUCUCACGCAUGCAUUUUUCCAUUGCGAAUUUUGAGCUAUAUGACGGAUCGAUCGAUCAAAUUCUAUUUAUAAUAUAGAUUUUUAAGAUUUCAAACGUGUACUUCUAUAAAAGUAGGCUAUGCAAUCUCUGGUAGCUCACUAAUCUCCGCAGUUCGUAAGCUAAUUAUGUAUUUUUAUAUUAAAAAAACGAUGUAGCUAAUAACAUUCUUAGUACAUAAAUCUUUUAAAAAAAGAUAACAAUUUACUAUUCUAUUAGCUUUUUUCGAACUUCAAAUCAAUGAAUAGGAUAGGGAAAAAAAAUAAAUAUAUACAAGAUUUAUCAAAAAAAUGAACAAAUAUAUAUUGAUUUUCAUAUUAUACAUUUUAAUUGUGACAUUUACCUGAUAUCCAUGAAAAUUCAUCAAGUCACAGUUGAAUCAAACAGAAAGAAUGUACAUCUUUUAGAAAGUAUUGUAAUUACAUUAUCCUAAUUCGAAAAAAAUAGUGUCAAUUCUGUAUUGCGCUAAUACUGUGACAAGCCAAACGACUUCAAUAUAAAGUUUCAAUAUAUAUCAUUCUUGAAAUUA